GAUAAUCGCAUCCCGGAUAAGAAUCCAGCUUCAAUGGUCCACAUCCGAAGGACUAUUGGACACAAGCAAGACACGAUCCAUGUCAACAAGAAGCUUAUGAAGCGAGGGGCCUUGCUCUCGCUCUUGGAAUCCGCCGGAUUUUCACGCCGCAAUCCGUACUACAUCGUUCAACAGGGUGGAAUUCAAAGGAUGGCCUUAUGCUCCAAUGAAACGAGGCUGGCCCUGGUCAAAGAUUUGGCAGGCAUUGCUGACUUUGAAUCACGCAAAGAAGAGGCCAUCAAGAAAUUGAGGAACUGGGAAAUGGAGAAAGAGGAAGUAGACAACAGAGUAGAAGAGAUAGAGAAAGAUUUCCAAAAGCUGAAGGCCGAAGGUCAAGAGCUGAAACUGUUCAUGAAGCUAGAGAAACAAAAGCAAACUCUGGUUAAGGUUUUGAGCUUAAGAAGAGCCAAUGACGUGGAUAAGAAGUUAGAAGAAAUUCAACCCAUCAAGGCUGCCUUAGCAUUGAAGAAAAUGGAAGCUGUGCAAGUUCUCGAAGUGGCUCAAGCUGACUUGAACGAAGCCCAGGCGUAUUUACAAAGGUCUGUUAAAGAAUUAGAGGAUAAGACGUGUACGCGAGAUGUCCUGCGUGAAGAAAUUGAUGAUCUGAUUGAAAACGAAGCAAAGCUAAAUGUUCAACUCAGCGCGCUGAAGAGGGAAAUUGGAGAGCGAGAGCAUUCCGAGCGAGGAUCUAAAGAGGAACUCCAAGGCCUCAAAGAGAAAUUGUUUGCCAAAGAAAACGAGUUGAAAACCAAAUCCAGGGAGCUCAAGAAGGCUACUGAAGAAUGCCAAUGGAAAGAGUUGGAGAUCGCCAAGCUGAGACAAGCUCAGAAACUCCACUAUUCGUCGAAAGCUUGGGACUCGGAUAAUUUCCGCUCGGAUGAUGAGCGACAAGAUUUCAUUCAACACGAAAUGACGGUCAUUGAUGAAGAUCUUCAUGACAAAGAACGUGAGCUGGAAGGAAUAGCUGAGGUUCACGACAAACUCAAUCAAGUUCAACAGAAACUGGAAGAGGAAAUACGAGUCACUCGGCGAGCGAUUGACGAGCAUCAAACAUGGAUUGACAACCUGAAAGCCAGCGCCGCGGAAAAAGUGGAAUAUAUGACGUCUCGCCAACAGUUGUCUGAUCUGAAAUCCAAAGAAAGUGACGCUAUGGCUCAAAUUCAAGAUACCCGAAAGAGGUUGAGGGAUCUCUUAGAUCUUAAGGAGAAAAACCUGACCAAGGCCAAACUUGUCAGUGAUAAACGGCAAAGUUUAAAAGCUGAGGAAAGAUGUUUGAUCUCUCGAUUGGAUGACCUAGUCCGAGAGUUAGAAACCGCCGCAGAAGCCGCUCAUCGCCAACAAAUGGACCGGACCCAACUGGAAUCUUCCAAAUGGAUGCUUCAAAAGAGUGCCUUCCAUCUCGGGCAAAUAGAUGACGACUCGGGGUUUGAGACAAGAUCCACCGAGGUGCUACAAAUUGACAUGAAAUUGCAAGAACUGACCUCCGAGUUGCAAGCCCUGUUCCAAGUGAAAAAUCGGAUAGAAACCGAGCGAAAUCAACUCAAGAAUGACUUGGACAUGAAUCUCAAAGCCAAAUUAGACGAUCUCUCCACCAGCCUUUCCCAGGCACAAUCGAGUAAAGACACUCGGAAUGAAGCUCUCAUCUGCCAAUCCAAGUGGAAAUUGGUAUGCUCAAGGUUGAAGGAAGCCCAAGAGUCCUUGAAAAAGGUGGAGCAUCGACUCGCAAAGAUCGGUGGAAUCCGUUUCGAGAUCCAGGAUCGAGUUGACCAAAGCAAAUCGACCGUAAGCGAAGCUCAAGGCAAAGUGAAGGCUCUCAGUGAGGAGUUUGCGAAUCUUGCAGCCAAAGAAGCCAAACUCAAAGCAGUGUCGGAAGAAGAGAAAGAUAAGAUUGGCAAAUUAGCCGAAGAUGACGUCGCCAAUGAAUACGCUGAACGAGAUACCAAGAGUCUUCUCCAGGAAUUCAAAAAGGUGCAGAAAGAAUGGGAGAAGUAUCAAAACGUAAACCGGCAGGCAAUCGAUGAUUACUUGCGUUUAGAGUCGGAGAAGAAGAAAUUUGCCAAGCUCCUGGAGAAUUCUGGCCAAAACCAUGACAGGAUCUCUCACUUGCUCGAAGACAUCGAAGUGCAUCGGAAAAACAAGAUCCAUUUCACCUUCAAUCAGAUCUCAAAAUACUUCAGCGAAAUAUUCAAUGACCUCGUUGUGGAUGGUCGAGGCAAAAUGAAGUUCAUCCUCAGGGACAACGAUCCGGAUGAGCCCCUCGGGAUCGCGCUCAAAGUCCGCUUCUGCUCUUCAGGUGACCUUGUAGACCUGAACCAUUUAUCAGGGGGUCAGAAAUCCAUCGUGGCCAUUGCUUUCAUCUUCGCCAUUCAAAAAUGCGAUCCAGCUCCCUUCUAUAUUUUGGAUGAAGCCGAUGCGGCUUUGGAUUCCAAUCAUCGUCAUCGAGUCAUCCAGUGGAUGGCCAAUCAGAAAAUGCAAUUCAUUUGUACCACUUUUAAACCUGAAUUCUUGUCUAAAGCCGAUCACUGCAUCGGAAUUAGGCAUUCAGGCGUGUCUUCCGUGGCUCAAAUUGUGAGUGCGCAAGAUGCGCACAAUUUUGUUGAACAACCAGAAGAUGACGAAGAACACCCCGGUGACACUCCCAACAUGGAGCAUUAACCCUUCCAUUGAUUAUAUGAUAUUGACUCGUACCAAAUUCUCUGUUUUCUCGGUAAUCUUGUUGAUCUCCCGCUACUUUACGUACCGUGGAUGAUAUGUUAUUGCAAUAUCCUCAAUCUUUGUUCUUUUAAUAGAUUAUCAUGCGGCAAAUCG